CUCUGAUCUUAUUGCCGGCCUAUUGACAUCACUGUCUGGCCACAGGCCACCUAUAAAGCCAUUCCAUUUAACGCCAUGUUCAACUGCUUCCAACAUUUCAGCUACUGCUCUACACGACCCCUACAAUAACUAACGCCACAAUGGAAGGUCUAGACCAGCUCCAACCUAGCUCCCCUCAUGCUUUCAAUCCAUCUGUGGAUAUACCAUCGCUUUCCGGGAAGAUCAUACUGAUCACUGGUGCGAACAGUGGCAUCGGAAAGCAAACUGCCCUCGAGCUAGCCAUGCACAAUCCCGCCCAGAUCUGGGUCGCAGCUCGAACGGUUUCAUCAGCUCAAGAGGCUGUUCGGGAUAUUCAGGCAGCAAGACCAACCGUUGAUGUGAGAUUCGUUCAGAUUGACUUGGCGUCUUUCGCAUCGAUCAAGGCGGCUGCAAAUACUUUACUUGCUGCAGUGGCAAAGCUUGAUAUUUUGAUGCUUAAUGCGGGAAUCAUGGGAGGAACUCCAGGCGUCACAUCUAAAGGGUAUGAGGUAGCAUUUGGCACCAACCACGUCGGACACGCAUUGUUAUUCGACAUGUUGACUCCGCUUCUCUUCAAAGCCGCCGAGGCCUCCUUGACGAAGCCUAGAGUGGUAUCGGUAAGCUCUCGAGGCCAUGCUUACAAGCUACCACCGGGAGGCAUUGCGUUUUCGACCUUGAAAUCUGCCCAGCUGGAGCUUUCAGGAGUAACGCGUUACACUCAGUCAAAGCUUGCCAACGUAAUAUACGCCCGGGAGAUCGCAGAGCGCUACCCCUCAUUCCUUUCUGUGGCUAUUCACCCCGGGGAUGUGAGAACUCAGCUUUUCACAAAAGGCGCGCAGGGUGGCGGACCCGAAAUUGAAUAUCUCGCCAGAGAGGUUGCACCACGGCUAGGUGUGAGCUUGGAGGAGGGCGUAAAGAGCGGGCUUUGGGCCAUCACGGCUGAUGGGGUCCAGAGCGGCAGGUACUACGAGCCCGUUGGCAUCUUGGGCAAAGGUAGCGAGUUGUCGAAGGAUAAAGAACUUGGAGAAAGACUUUGGGCGUGGACCCAGGAAGCUCUUCAAGGCCACACGAGCUAA